AUGGGCUUUUCUUAGUUUGAUAUAUUUUCACAAAAUUUCUUCUUCAAUAUUGAUAAAAACUAGAUUAAAUAGAAUCCCAUUUAUAGAUCUCAGAACAUUAUCACUGAAGAAAUGAUAGAUAUCAGUUUAGACUCAAAUCUUGUAGGAUUUAGAUAUGAGUAUGAUACUAAUAAGAGCAUAGACUUAUUGUAAGCUUAGAAUAAUAAAACUUAUAUUGUUUAAAUUGCUUAGUUUUAUUAUGCUGAUGGCUAAAAUAACUCAUAGGUAGUUCUAGAUAUUGUAAAAUGCACAAAUCCUAAUUUUAUUGGCUAUUAUUGCAUAGACUUUUCUAGUAUUUAGAAUUAGACUUUGACUCUAAGCACUGCUUAAGAUAUUUUAUCUUAUGUAGCAAUAAUUUUUUAUGGAUGCUUAGAUCUUGAUAUGUACAAGACUACUAUUCCAAAUAAUUGUGCAAGUCAAAGUGAAAUUGAUUAAGUCAUGAAUAGCUUUAGUUCUGGAGUCAGACUAAAACUAUUUACAUCUUAGUUUAAUACGGUGACAAGGCAAGCAUAGGUGAAAUACAGAAAUUAAUUUAUUUAUACUUCAGCAGAUCAACUUGUUUAGACAAUUCUUAAGGCAUAAAAGUAAGUAACAUCAGUUAAAUAAGGACUUUUGAUAUAAAAUUCAACAGAAUUUUCUUCACCGAUUCAAUAUAAUCCAUUUUAAUAGACAUACGAUAGGUAGUAUAGCAUUAAAAAUUUAAAUUAUUCAGGUUACAGUUAUGUUUAAAUCUAAAUGGAUGAAAUUAUGGAAGUAAUCAAAAUAUAAUACCCUACAAUUCCUUAAAUUUUAGCUCUUGGAAAUAGUAUUUUGACACUUUUAAUGUUUGUUGGAGUUUUAGGAAAGGUUUGUUCUGCUAAUUCAAUAAAAAAUAAUUUUUUUGUACUUCUAAUGCAAAAUCUAUUUUAAGAGAGUUACAUGUAAAUCUUGAAAAUUAACAAAUUAAUACAAAACAAAUAAAAUACAUUUAAUGAAGAAUAAAUAAAAAGUCUAAGAAAUAAUUUUACUUAAAAAGUUGAAUUUGAGUUAAGUGAAUAUAAAGAGGAAAAUGAAACCAUCUAGAGUAAUAAAUACAGACCUUAAAUGAUAAAAACAAAAUAGUUUGUUGAUUCAUAAAAUCUAAAAUAAGAUUUAAAAAAUCAAUUUGCCUAUCAAAAUUUAAGAAGAUCAACUAUCAAUUCUCCAAGAGAAAUAAAAAGUUUUCAAGAAAGAUUGAAUUUGAGUGUUAUAAAAAAAAAGAUUAUUUGUUAAGUAAAGGACUAGAUUAAUACACUAAAAAAUUUAUUGAAGACUAAAUAAACAAAGAUUUGA